AUGCGUUUCCACUAUGCUAUCAUAGCGGGUCUCGCUACUCUCUCGCUUGCAGCUCCGCAGGGUCAAAUUCAAGAUCAAGUUGAUAAUGCCCUUGCUAAUAUCAAUGGAAAUUCCAAUGGCAAUUCAAAUGGCAAUGCCAAUGAGAAUGGAAAUAGCAAUGAGAAUAACAACAGCAACACCAACACCAAUACAAAUGUGAACGAAAACACAAAUGUCAAUGAGAACACCAAUAUCAACGAUAAUGACAAUAACAAUAAGCCCCCACCAAAGUCUACUCCAGACAAGCCAACUUCCAAGCCAGAGAAGUCAAGUUCCCGCAUUGCAGAGAAGCCUAGUUCCCGGACACCUCCACGAACAACCAUCAGAAGUACUGUCGAUGUCACUUCUACAAUCACGGUCCGUCCAACAAGUACUGUUCAGCCAACCACUCAAAGAACUUCAACUCAAAAUUCUUCAACUCCUAGUAGCUCAGCAACUCGUACUCAAUCGGAUGUCACUACCAGCAGAACUUCAAGUGCAAGUAGCACAGGUACUCGUACCCAAUCUGGCCUUACAACCAGCCGAACUACAACUACUAGCGAGAGUAGAACUAUAACUUCCAGAGAGAGUAGAACUGCAACUACCAGCGAGAGUAGAACCAUAUCUAGCAUCAGUACAAGUACGACUUCGCGCGCUACAACAAGCGAAACAUCUUCUACUAUUUCCACCUCUACCUCCACUGGAACAGGAACUCGUACUCAAUCUGGCCUCACAACAAGUCGUGAAACCACUACGAUUGUCACUACGAUUCCUACCACUUCAGAAACCGGUACAGGGACUCGUACUCAAUCUGGUCUUACUACAAGCAGAGAAACUACUGUGGUUACUACAACUGUUCCUCCUGAAACUGUUACUACCCGUAUAACUACUGGUAGUGAAACUGGGACUGGGACUCGAACUGGUGGAGGUGGUGUCACUACACCUACUACUCAAGUUGUUCCUCCUCCUGUUAUCCCUACUACCCAGGUUGUUCCUCCCCCUGUUAUUCCUACUACCCAGGUUGUACCACCUCCUGAGACAGCAACUCAAGUUGUGCCACCACCUCUUAUUCCCACUACUCAGGUUGUGCCACCACCUCUCAUCCCAACAACCCAGAUCGUUCCUCCUGUCAUCCCAACUACUAAAGUUAUUCCUCCCCCUCUCAUCCCUACCACCGAAAUUGUUCCUCCACCAGCCGUUACAACCGACGCACAAGGAACCGUCAAUCCCAUCAUCCCCAUCAUCCCUAUAAUCCCCAUCACCCCCAUAAUCGAAACCGGCACCGCCACCGCAGCAGGCGGCGUCGUCCCACCCCCCAACACCCUCUUACCCUCCAUCACAAUCCUCCCCGUUCUCACAACCAUCACCACCGUCAACCCACCCAUCACAACCAUCACCUCCAUCCCAAUCGUACCCAUCGCCCCCAUCGUCCCCCUCACCAUCACCAGCGAAAACAUCGUCCAAACCGUCCAAGGAAUCCAAACCACCAUCUCAGGACAAGAAACUAUUGUUCCUGCAACACAAGUUCCAGCCAGUAUCGUUAGCACGACCGUCGUUUCCGGUGUCACGCUCACGACUACUAUUCCGGCAGGUGCAAUCACCACGUUUGUUAGUGCGGGUCAAACAAUCACAACUUUUGUUCCUGGUGGCGUGCCCGCUGAAACUAGUGCCGGGUCUGUUCUUGGUCAGCUCACUAGUGGUGCACCCACUGAGACUGCUGCCGCACCUGCGGAAACUAGUGCCGGGGCGGUUGCUGGUCAAUUUACUGGUGGUGCGGAGAGAGUUAAGGCGCUUGAAGGAGGAGCUAUUGUGGGACUUGUUGGGUUUGCUGUUGGGGGUUUGUUAUUGCUUUAA